AUCGAACAAUCGAACAAACAAUCAAACAUUUAUACAAUGUCCGAAUCAAUAUUAGAAGAAUCUUGUAAUACUUUUAGAGAGGAUUGGCCACAAUGGAGAAAGGACCUUUAUAAUAAUGGUUGGGCAAUAGUACGCAAUGUUGUACCAGAGGAGAGAUGUGAGGUGUAUAGGUCUGCAUUUUGGAAGUGGCUCGAGGAUUUUGGUACGGGCAUCGAUCGCAACAAGCGAUCAACAUGGACUGAUGAGAAGUGGCCGAGUAACAUCCACGGCAUCCUACAACAGUACUCAUUUGGUCAGAAUCAAUUCGUCUGGGACAUUAGGUCCGAGCAACCAAUCAUCGAUAUCUUCACUCAGAUCUACAACACUGAUGAACUUUUGGUCAGCUUUGAUGGAGGCAACCUGGCGCGUCCAGGACAAGACCUGGGCAGGCCAUGGCCUCACUUUGAUCAGGGAAGCGAGAAGUUUGGCUUCCGAUGCAUUCAAGGAUUCCUCAAUCUGAUGGACUGCCAACAGAACGAUGGCGGCCUCAUCGUCUACGAGAAGUCGCAUCUUCAACACGACAAAUACUUCACCGAGCAGCACAUCAACUCCCAUGGCGACUGGUACAAGUUCAAUGACGACCCCAGGAAGCUCAACUACUUCAAGGACUGCAAGGAGAUAAAGGUAUGCUGCAAUGUUGGCGAUGUAGUUCUGUGGGACUCACGUACAAUCCACUGGGCUUGUGCACCAACCGCUGGCAAAUGUCGUAUGGUGAUCUACACAUCAUACCAACCCGCAUCAUUGAUCACCAAGGAGGACUUGGGCAAGAAGCAGAACGCCUUCUAUGAGAAGCGAAUGACCAGUCAUUGGGCUGCCGAGAACAUCAAGCUCUUCCCCAAGGCACCGAGGACCCAUGUCAACUUCCAAUUCGAAGAGGAAACACUUCCGACCCUCACCGACCGAGCAAGGAAGCUUGCUGGCCUUGAUGCCUAUGUU